AUGCAUACACUCAUUCGUCGUAAUACAAUUAUUCCAACGCGAACUGAACUUUAUCCAAUAUUCACAAAUGCUUAUGCCUAUCAGACAACAGCUACCAUUCGCAUAUUUGAAGGUGAACAUAAUUUCACAAAAUACAAUACAUUAUUGGGCGAGUUUAGUCUUUCCGGCCUAACAAGCAACUUCGCUCCUCAGACACUCGAAAUAGCUAUUCGUAUGGAUAUCGAUGCUAAUGGGAUACUUCGUGUCGAUGCUGAAGAAGCGCGUUCGGGCGUGAAAGCUUCAUUUACUCUUGAGUCCAAUCAGCAAAGAUUGAACAAAGAUGAUAUUGAGCGACAUAUUACCUAUGUAGAAAGUGAUACAAAUUUUGCAGCUAAAUCUGUUUAUGAUCGAAAACCCAAUGAUCCAUUGUACUUACUCGAUGGUCAAAUUACACCCGUUACACGUAACUUUUCAGCUGAAUUUGUUACCUCAUUCGGUCAAAUAACUGGUGCUCCACUUCUCAUUAAACUGAAAAAUGUUCGAUCUUCAAGAACAAUGAUUGAAAAGCUCAUCAAACUUCAAUCCGAGGACGGUUCAUUUACGUUGAAUAAAGAUUUAGCUGAUAUACUUCAUGUCAAUGUUGAUACUUUCAAUGGUCUAGAACAAUAUUUAUGCGAACAAGGUUUUAAAUCACUCGGUAAGAUCGUAUGA